AUACUGGAAGCUGGAUCCCAACAAAGUCUAUUCCUGUGGUCCCAAUGCUUGGGAUACAGCAGUACACGAUGCCUCUGAGGAAUAUAAGCACCGAAUGCAUAACCUCUGUUGUGACAAUUGCCAUUCUCAUGUAGCUCUAGCCUUAAAUCUCAUGCGAUACGACAACAGUACGUCCUGGAAUAUGAUCAAACUUUGUUUUCUCUCCUUGCUGUAUGGGAAGUAUGUCAGCAUAGGAGGCUUUGUGAAGACUUGGCUUCCCUUCUUCCUCCUUUUGGGGAUUAUCCUGAUAGUCAUCUUGACUCUUCACUUGCGGUGAUGGAUGACAUUGGUGUGUCCGUCUGUCCGCCCACCCAACCCAUCCUCCCCUUGUCCCCUUUGAAGUCAAGUGUUGGAAUCCCUGGCUUUUCAGCCCAAGGAAGAGAUGGAGAGCUGCAUGAUGUGGAAGCCCUCCCCCCCGCAAAAAAAGGAAAAAAAAGAACUCCAUUUGUAUUUCGUAAUAACAACUCUGCUGUUAUCCCCUGGGAUUCUUUGUUUGGAUGAGGAUGGUUUCUUUCCACCUACUUGACUUGGAACAUUUUGGGAUUGGGAAAGGAGGGAGACUCUUCAAUUGUGCUUCUCACCAAAACUCCUUUUUUGACCAAAAGGUUCCCAUGUGGAAAUCCCAAAUUGGGUUUGGGUCGAAAGGAGAAUGAAGGGAGGAGGGUGUCAUUAACCUUGGGUGAGGUGUCUAAGGAGGGGGCAACUUUCUCUGACCUGCCCCAGAGGGUGAUCCGUGGGCGCUAAAUGGAAGGUGGCCCUUCUGCGGUCACCACCCUGGGAUGGGGUAAUAUUUGCUUGCACUGAAUGAUGGGAUUUCCAGUGAUUAAUGGUGGCCUCAAAACGCAAGAACGGUCUAUGCAGAGCUUUGUGUGAGGGGAGGUUAAUUUUAAGUUCCUUCUGGUGCAGGUGGGUGUUCAACUAAGGGUGGAUCUUGUUUUCCUCUUGCCCACUGCGCAGAGAGUCUGUCUCUUUGUAUGUGUCUUAAGUCUAGUCUCAUAGGAACCAGCAUUCGAAAGGCAGUUGAUCUCAAGGGAUCUUCGUUACCUUCUUGUCAGCUUAAAACUGCCCCUUGUCACAGACCCGCUGAAGAAUGUAAGCUGCUCUCUUUGAGGAGCUGUUCUGGAGAAUUCUGGUAAGACUUCCUCAUUCUCUUAUUAUAGAAUUAUAUAAUAGAAUUAUUUCCAAAGCCUUUGCUUUACCGGGGUUCUUCAUACAUUAUACUGUGCCUUGGAAGUCACUGGAAACGUAAACCCGCAGCCAUUAAAAUGCUUCAUCACCCAUAGCGAGGGGUGGAUCCUAGAAGCCAUACCAGCGUCAUGUCUGCUGUUAGGAAACAUGAAUCAUUCCUUUAGGGCUCAGCUUUUUCCCUGCUGUGGCCAGGUAUCAAAAGAGCAAUACAGUAUAUCACAGAAGUGAAUAAACCCCUCCACAUUUUGUAAAUA